CAGCCGGGCACAAAAUCAAUGCAAAUUGAACGCACAUGCAAGGAAAUUUGGGGUGUGACAGACAGUGAAGUGAUUGAUAUAAUUAUGAAUCCAAGCGGCGACGUCGUCAACCAAAGACGAAAUCUCAAAUGUUAUCUAAGGUGUUGCGGGAAAAAAGGAAACGUGAUAAAAACCGGGUCACUGGUGGCGGAUCAAAUUUUGCGCAACUUAGAGGACUUGACGGCCGACGACCCGCAAGCCAUGCAGAAUGGCUUUGGAAAUUUUGAUUCCUGCGCUUCCAUUCAGUCCACUGACGAAUGCAACACGACGGCCCAGGUGUUCGGGUGUGGCAAGAAAAAUGCUCCAGACCUAACAAUCGGACUCGUCACAGCUAACAAAGGAGACGCCACUGUUUCAGUAACUGCUACAGGGGGAAUUAAAACCGGCGAUAGAGUGUGUCCUUUGUUUCCAGCAGCAAGUUGUGUACCAAAUCAAGCAAACAUUGAUGAAAUUAAAAACACGGGAUCAUCUUCAAGGGGAGUUGUCAUGACAAGCUCGACAGGCAAAAAAUACUUUAUGAAAUAUAUAGCAGCAGUUAUACCCGACGCUCAAGCCGAAGCAGACUUCUGUUGUGCUCUUGGCAGCCACCUCGCCAUCUUCGAAAGCGUAGCCGAUUUCGACGCUUUUAUUCAAAUCUGGAAGGAGAAAGAAAACGGUGCUGGCAUGUGGGUUUUAAUUGGGCCGACUUUCGACAAUGGCGAUGGCACCGACAGCUGGUGCUUGAACUUCAAGAAGCUGCCUGCAGGAUUGAUCACAGACAUCAACAUAUUUUAUCGCAACCAGCUGAUGACCGCAACUAAAAUUUUCUUGACGCAAUACGCCGGAUUAGUAAUAGGUCCAAGAGGAAAUGGGGCUAACCUAAUUUUAUGUGGCCCACUUCCCUAUUGAAUUUUGAUCAAAUUAUUCCAAUCGUUGAAAACAAUAAUAUAAACAUUUUUUGGGGAAUUAUUUAGAUUCAAGACAGUUUUCUUUUAUGUGUGUGAUGAAUUUUGUGUUUGGCAAUGGUGUUUUUGUUUUGUUUUUGCCAUCAAAAUAAUAAAAAAUAGCUGUGUCUAAUAGCAGCUAGUUGUUUGUUUUUUUGUAUGCCAUAUGGCGUUAACACAAAGACACUCCUGAACGAUGGUGAAAUAAAAUAAU